AUGUCGAAGCAAACUUGGUCGGUACUUGGCACAUCCGAUCCGGAUGAUGCUACCUAUGAGACGGCUCAGAAAGCCGAACAAAGAGAACUACACCAUUGCGAAGGCCUGGAGGCCGAUUUCCCUCCUAGCGACACUGGGAAAGGUACUGGAACCAGUGGUCGCAGAAAGGAUCUCACACGCAGUGGAGACCUACGGUUUGCUCCCGACCAGCCGCUUCGAGGUCCGUAA